AUGCAAAUAAAAAAGUACGACGAGCAUGGCAGGCCUUACAUCCAAAUCAAGGAAGGGUACGAAGUGCGUUUGGAUUACAGCGAUUUAACGGAGGAAGAUAAGGAAAAAGCUCGAGUUGAACUACGAGAAACGCCUGAAAAUGUCGCAAAAGGCAUCAAAGAGCUUCGAGAGCUUAUCAACGCGAACGAUAAAUUGUACGUUCCCUCGGAUUUUGAUGACUGGCUCAUAGUUUUUCUUCGUCCGACGAAAUUUUACGCGAAAAGUGCGUACGAGCUAAUUUUGCGCCAUUUUUACUUUAAAAAAAAUCAUCCAAUUUUGUGUCACAAUUUGGUGCCCGCCACUGCGAGACUCGGUUUCGAGCAUAACAUCAUAAAUUUCCUUCCGCGACGCGAUCAACACGGACGACGAAUUUUGGCAAUUUACGCGGGUCGUGAUUGGGAUCCGAGCAUCGUGCCAAUUACCGAUGUUUUUCGUGCGAUGCAAUUGGCUGUCAUUGCUGCCAUGAUGGAGCCACGCACGCAAGUCAACGGUUACGUCGUGAUUUUGGACUUUUUGAAUUUGACGCUGAAACAAUGCAUGCACGCAAAUCCGUUCAAUUCGCGAACUAUGAUGGAAUAUUUGCAGCAAUGUAUUCCGUUGCGGUGCAAGGCGAUUCAUAUUGUGAAUUAUCCGGCAAUUUUGUCGUUGUUGUAUCGUUUGUUCAGACCAUUGAUGACGGGAAAGUUGAAAACUCGGGUUUUCUUUCAUGGGAAUGAUUUUAAGAGUUUGCACGAACACAUUGAUCCGAGUUGCUUGAGACCGUAUUAUGGAGGCACGAUGGAUUGCGAUGAGGUAGAUGGGAAAUUGCAAGCUGAGGUGCUUGAAGAGGGAAAAGAAGAAUUUGAAAUAUGCAACAAAUUUGGCAUCGUCAAAAACAAACAUGAAAUGGAUUACAAAUUUGUGUCUAUCACUGAUCCUGGAAAAACUGGCACGCGCUACACUAUUGUCCAAAAGGACACAGAAAUUGCAUGUCAUUAA